AUGCAGCGCGGCUGCACUUGCGGCGCAGGCGGUGAGGUCCCCGCGGAGGAGCUUCACGCGCCGCUGCUUGACCUCGAGAGACGACGUGGCCAGGACCACACCGUGGCGCCAGCGAUGACGGCCGCCGCCAUGACGGAGUCCGUCAGGGCUGCCUUGUUGGAUGCCCAGGAAGUGGAGAUCGAGAAGGCCGCCUGGAAGGGCAUGAAGUGUGUUUUCCGGGGAUUGAUUGCCUUGCUGUGGGUAUAUUUGAUCGACUUAAUGAGAAGAUACGUGGCCACCCACAGUGUAGAAGAAUUAGUUUUCACUAUAUGUCCUUUGGGGGCAUGCGGCGGCCGGGGCCCUUCGCGACCGGGCCUGGCGCGAGCGGCAGCCGGGGCCCCUUCCGACCUCUCGGGUGGUCCGGCCUGGUCCCGCUCUCCGGCUUCUCCUUGUCCUUCGCCGUCAAGGCCACCGCGGGCAAGCUCCCUCCCGGCGAAGGCGGCGCGGCCCCCCUGCGGCGCAGGCUCGGCGGCCAAGCCGCUCCACCACGCGGUCGCGGCCUUCACGCCCCCCUGCGGCGCGGGCGCGGCGGUCAAGGCGCUCCACCACGCGCAGGCGCUGGUUGGCCCGCACUGCGCGGCGCCGUCGCCGGCACCCUCCUGCUCCACCGUCGUCCGAGCAGCGGGCCGCCGCCGCUUCCGGGGCCGACACGAUCUCCAAGCGAUGGAGAAGGAGGCGAUGCCGCUCGUCAACAAGUUCAAGCUCGACGAGGCGCCCGCCCGUGAAUCCAUUCUUGCUGCCUGUGCAGGAGGGGCACUUGUACUGCCUGAUGUGUUCAGCUUUGGCUGGGGUAAUCUUCAUGCACUUGCCAUGGAAACAUUUCUCACACAGGUCACAGCAGGUCCAGAAGUCGUCGUAACUUUGGCUGCAUGCGCCGCACAGCGCGCUCUCAUGGCCUUCCUGUGGUUCCCCAUCCUCCCCUUCACUCUCCUCUUCUUCCUUUGGAGGUGGCUACUUGUCAUGUAAAAUGAUGACAGUGCAAUUGAAACUUCAUACCUUCGCGCCAGUUUUGUUACUCUUAUUGCUGUUUUUA